AUGACGACGAUCCCCCUACCCCCCAAGCCCCGCGUCCGCGAGCUCGACCUCAUCGACAAGGUCGCCGUCAUCAGCGGCGCCUCCCGCGGCAUCGGCCUCGCCAUCGCCCGCAACCUCGCCUCCCGCGGCUGCUCCAUCCUCGGCACCUGCACCAGCGAAGCCGGCGCCGCCGCCCUCGCCUCAACCCUCGACGCCGCGACGACCGAGCUCUUCGCCGCGACCGCCCGCCCGCGGCCCGCCUCGCUGCAGAUCCAGGGCCUCGUCGCCGACAUCCUCAGCCCCGACUGCGCCGCCGUCAUCAGCGCCGCCGUCGCCGCCUCGUUCGCCGGCCGCGUCGACAUGUUCGUCAACAGCGCCUGCGACCCCAUGCCCGGCACCAUCGGCGACACGGACCCCGCCGCCGUCCACCGCAGCCUGCUCGCCAACGUCCAGACGCCCGUGCUCAUCGUCGACGAGCUGGUGCGCCGCCGCUUCUUCCGCCGCCGCAGCCGCAUCGUGUACCUGUCCUCCGUCCGCGCGCGCCAGCCGUGGAGCGAGCAGCUCAUGUAUGCUGCGGGCAAGUCGGCGGGGGAGUCGCUCUGUCGGACCUGGGCGCAGGCCUUUGGCGGCAAGGAGGAGCGGUUUGCCUUCAUGGAGGGCACGACGGCAAAUGCCGUGUCCGUCGGCCUCACCGAGACGGAGGCCGUGAUGAACUGCGGGCCGGAAGCCGUGCAGGCGUUUCAGGACGAGUUCUUCCCGUCGCAGAGCAUACCGCGCUUCGGACAGCCAGAGGACGUCGCCGAUGUCGUGGGGCUGCUGUGCAGUGAGGAUGCUCGCUGGAUCACGGGCUGUGUUGUCAGCGCCAGCGGAGGAGGCAUCAAGAUCGGAUAA